CUACGUCACGCUACUACGUCACAUGUAAACCAGGGGGAAGAUGGCGGCCGCCGGAGGAGAGCCUUCCACUCCGAACAUGUCGGAUGAAUUAUUUAAAACCUUCAUCACGGAGGUGAAGCAGAUCGAAAAGAGAGACUCUGUGUUAACAUCUAAGCAGCAGAUUGAGAGACUGCUCAGACCUGGCUCGUCCUACUUCAAUCUCAAUCCUUUUGAGGUGCUGCAAAUUGACCCAGAGGCAACAGAUGAUGAAUUAAAGAAGAGAUUUCGUGCGUUGUCUAUUUUGGUCCAUCCAGAUAAAAACCAGGAUGAUCAAGAACGAGCACAGAAAGCUUUUGAAGCUGUGGACAAGGCCUACAAACUCCUUCUUGAACCGGACCAGAAGAAGAGAGCCUUAGAUGUGAUCCAUGCAGGAAUAGAAUAUGUGGAGCAUAUGGUGAAGGAGAAAAAGAAACAGUUGAAGAAGGAUGGGAAACUACAGGACGUGGAGGAGGACGACCCUGAGAUGUUCAGGCAAGCAGUUUACAAACAGACCAUGAAGCUGUUUGCAGAACUUGAAAUCAAGAGGAAGGAAAGGGAAGCAAAGGACAUGCAUGAGAGGAAAAGAGCAAGAGAGGAAGAAAUUGAGGUCGCCGAGAAGGCAAAGCGAGACCGAGAAUGGCAGAAAAACUUUGAGGAAACAAGAGAUGGGCGUGUGGACAGUUGGAGGACCUUCCAGGCUAAAGGCAAGAAGACCAAAGAGAAAAAAAACAGGUCUUUCCUCAAGCCUCCGAAAGUCAAGAUGGAACAGAGGGAAUGAUGUUGUAAAACAGAACUUUUAUUAGAUUGAACUCACUGUUAGAAAACAAAACAAGUUCUCUAUGUCCUCACCUUGUCGUCUGCAGUCAGCUGUGCAGUUAUCACCCAGUCGUCAGGAUUCACAACAGACCAUAUUUCUUCAUGUUGUCCCUGGAAAUCGUAGUUUUGUACUCGGUUUUCUAUUGUACAUAUCUGUGAUCUGGACCCAGAGAUCAAGAGACACACCAUGUAUCUUCCACUUCUGUAACUGGUGAGGAAAAUGUGAUUUGUCUUUAUUUUUGUUGACCUUUUUUUUUAACUAAAUAAAGCUUUGUGUUUGAAAGCAA